UUGAUUUGUUUAUCAAAAUGGAUACCCCUUUUGUUGCACAAGUGACAGAAGACUUAAACACAAGAAAAAUAUUGCAGACAAGGGAGACAAUUAUGACAUUUACAGGCAGACCACCGAAGGAUGCAUCUCAUAUAGAAGAAGUGAAGUAUAUGAUUGAAACCUUUCCUCAUCCAAACUUGGAUGGUGUGGUUCACCAACAGGAUACAGGUGGAACAGUUCCUGUAGAUAGUGAUAUUUGGGGAAAACUCACAGAUUUUAAGUCCCUUACUGAGGAACAACAAAGAGAAACCAGAGAGUUUCUGUUAAUGAAAUUCAGUGUAGAAGAUUUACAGUUAGCAUGGGACCAAUAUUUUGUGCAGAAAGGAGAAAUCCCAAAUUGUUUACAGUACAGAAUCUUUAUCAACAACUGGAGAGGUAAUAAAACUAAAAGAAGGACUCAGUCACUAGCUGAAAUGAUGAGAGCUUUAGAGAAAAAAGAUGAUGAAAUUUACCAAGAAAGAGAUGAGCAGCAAUUAUUACAUUCUCAACUGGAACUGGUCAAUCAUAUUUACAAUGGACAGUUGAGGCGUGUUCAGGAUCUAGAACAAGAUAACGAUAUCUUGAGAAAUAAUGUUCACCAACUAGAAAACGAAGUGGAGCAAAAGUCAGAAGAUAUUAAUCAUAUAAGGGACAUUACUGAAGUACAGGGAAGACAUGUGUACCAGUUAAGGAGGACAAUAACACAGAAAGAUAGACAGAUAUGUGAUCAGUGCAGUAAGUUGAGGGAUUUAGAGGAUACUAAGGGGGAGUAUGGGUCGGUUAUUAAGAGGCAGAAAUUGAUGAUUAAAGAAAAGAAAGAUGAAGUGAAGGCACAGAGUGCUAUGAUUAAUGAACAGAGUGCUACAAUUAAUGAACAGAGUGCUACAAUUAAUGAACAGAGUGCUACAAUUAAUGAACAGAGUGCUACAAUUAAUGAAAUAAAUGUGAAAAAUGAUGAACAGAGUGCUACAAUUAAUGAACAGAGUGCUACAAUUAAUGAAAUAAAUGUGAAAAAUGAUGAACAGAGUGCUACAAUUAAUGAACAGAGUGCUACAAUUAAUGAAAUAAAUGUGAAAAAUGAUGAACAGAGUGCUACAAUUAAUGAACAGAGUGCUACAAUUAAUGAAAUAAAUGUGAAAAAUGAAGAUCAGAGUGCUACAAUUAAUGAACAGAGUGCUACAAUUAAUGACCAGAGUGCUACAAUUAAUGAGCAGAGUGCUACAAUUAAUGAUCUUAUUGAGCAAAAUCAUGACAAAUGUAAAACCAUAAAUGAGCUUUCUGAGAAAAUAGAUAUGGAAGUUCAUGUUGGUCAGACCAAAGAACAGAUUAUAGCAGAACAGAGUCAGUUGUUAGAAGAACAGAAGGCUAUAAUUGUAGAACAGAAUGAGAGAUUAAGGAAGAAUAAGAAGGAUGAUGAAGAUUUAAGAAGACAGUUGACAGAACAAGACAGAAUUAACCAGGAUCUGUAUGAUCAGUUAAAGGAUGUUAAAAUGUUGUGCAAUAAGCUCAUGAUGAAAAUACAAGCCAAAUCACAGAAUCAGUAGAAGUGGUAGAUUCAGCAAACUCUUGGUGCAGCUAAAUUAUUAUUUACAGUGUAAACGUUUACUUUGUACAGUGUAUAUAUAUAUUGUGAACGAAAUUACCAUAAGAAUAUAGGAUUUGGAUUACAGACUAGUGUCAAAUAGACUCUCAGGAAACUUGUGUUCUAUAAUUUAUACCAGUUUUGUUUAUUUUGUUCACUUGUUAGAGAAAUUUUAAGGGCACAGUAGACUUUAAAUAUAUUGACCUCAUAUGCAUUUUGACCAAUGAAGAGUCCUGCAUUUCUGUGUAAAUGCUAUAUUGUUACUUGUAGAUUUUGACUACAUAUGUAUUCCAUGUAAAUGUGGGAACCAUAUAGUUGAUAGACAUUUUGUCCAAAAACUAACCACUCAUAGCUGUAGGAUCAUUAUGUUUAAACAAGAGCUACAUUAUGCAAAAUCCAAACAACACUUAUAAAGUUGUUGUUUUGUUUCAUUCAUUGAAAUGGAAAAGCAAUAUUGCAUUUAAGUACAUAAAGUUCACACUCUUUAAUAUCAUAUAGGGCAUCUAUGUUUUGAAACAUUCAUACAAAUAUGUGUUCACUUUGUAUAUUAGCAGUUACAUAUAAAUACCACUGUUCACACUGAUA